GCUGGGUUUUCGUCUCGGGUUUGCUCCGCUACAGCUUAAAGCUCCGUCUCGAAGCGGUCUUCUGGCCGAGCUUCACCUUCGCCAUGGCCCUCAGCGAUGCAGACGUACUGAAGCAGAUUAAACACAUGAUGGCUUUCAUCGAACAAGAAGCCAAUGAGAAGGCAGAAGAAAUUGACGCAAAGGCAGAAGAAGAGUUCAACAUUGAGAAGGGUCGUCUUGUGCAAACCCAAAGACUGAAGAUUAUGGAAUACUAUGAGAAGAAAGAAAAACAGAUUGAGCAGCAGAAGAAAAUUCAAAUGUCCAAUCUGAUGAAUCAAGCAAGACUCAAAGUCCUCAGAGCAAGGGAUGACCUCAUCACCGAUCUGCUAAAUGAGGCAAAACAGAGACUCAGCAAGGUCGUGAAAGAUACAACCAGAUACCAAGUGCUGUUGGACGGGCUGGUCCUCCAGGGUUUGUACCAGCUGUUGGAGCCGCGGAUGAUUGUGCGAUGCAGAAAACAAGAUUUCCCUCUGGUGAAGGCUGCAGUACAAAAAGCAAUUCCUAUGUAUAAAAUUGCCACCAAAAAAGACGUCGAUGUCCAAAUUGACCAGGAGGCCUACCUGCCUGAGGAAAUAGCUGGUGGAGUUGAAAUCUAUAAUGGGGAUCGCAAGAUAAAGGUUUCCAACACUCUGGAAAGCCGGCUGGACCUCAUAGCUCAACAGAUGAUGCCGGAGGUCCGGGGGGCCUUGUUUGGUGCAAAUGCCAAUAGGAAGUUUCUGGACUGAGCCUGGGGAGGUGCAGUUCAUCCGAGGCCGUACUCCUGGUGCAGCACAUAUCUGU